CGCAGACGUGCGAGGUGACAGGUUAAAAAAAUUAGAAGAAGACGAACCACAAUGUGUAGUAGUGUGCUGUGUGGUCGAGGCAGGUUUGUCCUAUCUCAGACUGCUGGCCGUCAAGCAUUAGCUGCUCUCAGAGUCAACAGAACCAGAACCUUCUCUGCUGCAAGCUCAGAUGAGCCUUACAUUACUGUAUCACCCACAGAUUCAGGCCCCAGGACCGUGUGGCCUGAUGAGAACAUGGGACCAUUCGGACCUCAGGACCAGCGCUUCCAGUUACCGGGUAACGUUGGGUUUGACUGUCACCUGGAAGGCAUGGCGGACCAAAAGAAGGCUCCCGUCCAUAGGACGGUACCUGAUGUGCUGACAACCCCAAGCAGCAUGGAGAGACACCAGUUUGUACUGGCCCAGUUUGUCAGUGAGUUCCAAGGAAAACUGGGUCCUAUAUCCAUGAGGGUUGACAAAGCUGAGCGGUACUUUAAUCAGACACACACAGACUGCUCCAUAAAUUCCUGCCCUGAGCUGUUAAGGAAAGAUUUGGAGCUGUUGUUCCCCUCGGCGCCCACCAACUCUAUCACAGUUGUGACGGUCACACAGAGCAGCAGUCUGUGCGAGGAGACUGCAGAGCAGGACAGAGAUCAGCUGCUGCACAGAUUUGUGAGCGGUGCGAAGGAGAUGUGUUUCGCUCUGUGGACUGCAGGAUACUGGGCGGACUUCAUUGACCCAACAACAGGAGCAGCUUUCUUUGCAUCUCCAUCAAGUCAAACCACACUGCGAACAGAGGAGGAACUGGGACAUUCGGGCUUUCACAUCGAGGUGUCGGGCUCCUGCACAGUUAUUCGCCACAUCUUGAGAGGAACGCCUUUGUUCGUGGGGACUGUUUUCACUAACGCACCUACUCACAGUGCUGCCAUCGCCAGACUACAGGGACUUUCAAAUGUACUUGAAGAUGAGGAAUAGGCUGCUUCGUAUUUUUAUCCAGAAGUAAAUCCAGACACAAGGCCUCUAUUUAUGGUUUGAAGAAGCGUGCAAGCUAAUGUACAGUAGUGUCGGUACAUGGUUUGUGUCAGUGGAAGGUUGUGCACAGUUUUGUCUUACUGUAACACAGCCGCGAGGCGAAAGUUAGUACCACGAAGCACUUGACCUUGGUGCUUUCUCAACUUUUAACCCGACUUGUCCUGCACUACAUCCAGGGAGAAACCCACUCGGUGCAGUGGGAAUUUCAUAAUGUGAUAUUUGCCAUUUAAGAAGUCUGUAGGACACGUUUUAGAGGAUGGCGUCGUCGUGUUUUAGGAAAUUAGAAACAUGAAUAUGAAAUGGAAACCUUUCAGAUGUACUCAGGCAGCUGUAAGUAAUUCAUGUGAAAACAUCCAGAUUCAAACACCUUAAGAUUAGAUCAGGUUGACACUUUUCUUACUUGUGUAUAUAUAUAUACAGUGUUCUUUUGUUUUUUUCUCCUUGAUAUGUUGCACAGAAUCUAAAGAUAUAUUGAUACUGUUUGAGUUGAAGCACUACAGUUGUGUCAGAACUGCUGAAUAAAUAAAGUGACAUCUCAUCAGGUUGCAAAGA